UGUAAUUGGUGUAAGUAAGUACUUACAAUCCAUCGUACAGACAUUCUUUGUAGCAGUUCUUACUUGUUCACAAGUACUACAACGCUAUGAAUAAACCACCUCCUCCAAGUUUGAUGAAUAUAAAAACCAUGAGCAAGAACGUUCGUCGUCAGGGUCCUUUCCCAUUGCAUGGCGGAAGUUGCGAGAUCGUCUUACGGUUUUAUCUUAUGAAAAAAGCUGUCGUUGAUGGUAUACAACGUUCAAAUGAACAAGUGGAAACCAUCCACGGCCCACUUGCUUCCGAAUUGCACCACGUUCAAAUGAACAAGUUAAAAUCAUCCACGGCCCACUUGCUUCGGAAUGUGAAACUGAUUGAACUGUACCGUUUUUUCGAUACCUGCCCUAUCAAAUUUGUUCGCAUACACUCAGCUACCUAAUGAUCCUAAAAUUGCAGCUCUUCCUUCCACCCCCCAUUCAUAUCCUCAACAGGCGGAGAGGAGGUCUUGCUUUUUCCUGACACAUCCUGCGGAGAAAUCCUAGACGCUCAGGAAUUGGCAAACUUUGUGCAUCCUACAUGUGCAGAAAAGAUGGAAAAUGGGAACUACGAGCUAUUGUGGCAGAAUAAUUGGCCUGUUCUUGGGGUGGAGAAGAGCAGUAUUUGCAACAACAACCGUGGAAGUGCAGCUCUUGAUACUACAUCAAUAGCGACAGCAAGUGGAGCUGUUACACCCACGUCGACUUCGGCCCAGUCGACAGAAGCGAGGUCUAGGAACAACAACUACAGACCAGCUUUGUCGCCGCUGAGGCCGUUUUUGACAAAUCGUCGUGUAGUACUGCACGUACGAUCCACACAGCGACAGGAAGAUCAAAUGCGCUUGGCCUGUGCGUCACUGAGUAGGGGUUUAGCGUCGACGCAGCAUCUUAACGACGCGACAACAGAACUACAGAUUAUGGAUUGGCCUUUUGCCGGUUUAACACAGAAGCCUCUUCUGUCAAUGUUCGAUUAAUUAGAAUCGAUUUUGAUAGGGAGGAGGUAAUGACAGACUGUCUUCACUUGCUUGCAGGAUUCAUUUGUAAGUACUUCUAGGUGAUUUUUCGAUUUACUACAGCAAGAGCCCAACGAACAGAAGACUAUGAUCUCUAAGUGGACGCGAUUACGAGUGCUGAAACAAGCUGUAGAAAAGAGGAAAUCGGAUUUACCAUGGCGUUUUUAUAUCACCAUGGUGGCAGCUGGAGUUUUCGGCACACUGUUCAUGUUUCUUUUUGCCGGUGUGUGCGCCGCAACCGCCAGUGUGGAUCCAGCAGCGGAGUACCAAAGUGGCGACGUGGCCUUGGAUCCGUCUGAGAUGCAGGCUUUUUCAGAUCGCAAAGUCGAAGAGUUUCGCAAAGUGGCGACGGGGGCAGGCCUUCUACGAGGUGCUCUCAUUGCGACGGAAGGGAAAUUGGAGUGUCUGAGUCAUACCAUAGAACAUGAUCCGAGGGACAAUCAUAAUGGGGAUCAAAAUGUACUAGAAGAGCAACAUGAAAAGCAUCCUGGUUUCAUGUCGUCAGGGACUUAUAUCGCAAAAUCACUGGUAGAUGCUAUAGGAAGUCAUGGCGGGCAUGGUGCGAAACCAGAAACAGUUCGGGUCGCAUAAAACGUACUGAUAAAGAUCACGCAAUGCUACUUUACCGAAAACAGAGUGACUCAAUUUUAUCAAGAAGACCCGUUCUUGCGCUACGCGUAUCAUGUUGUGUAUGCUAGUGCCACUCAAG